AUGUGUUCACCAUCACCUGGUAAACGACGUAUAGAUACAGAUGUUAUUAAAUUAAUUGAAUCAAAUCACCAAGUAACGCUUAUCACUGGUCUCAAUGAAUUUAUGGUUAAAUUUGCUGGACCACAUGAAACUCCGUAUGAAGGUGGUGUAUGGAAUAUUCGAGUUGAUCUACCCGAUAAAUAUCCUUUCAAAUCACCAUCAAUUGGUUUCAUGAAUCGAAUUUUUCAUCCAAAUAUCGAUGAGAUGUCCGGUACAGUUUGUCUCGAUGUAAUUAAUCAAACAUGGACUCCAAUGUAUGAUCUCGCAAAUAUUUUUGAAUCCUUUCUUCCACAAUUACUUGCCUAUCCAAAUCCGGUGGAUCCUUUGAAUGGCGAUGCUGCAGCUUUAUAUCUUCAUAAACCUGAUGAUUAUAAGAAGAAAGUGCGAGAAUAUGUUCAACGUUUUGCAACAGCUGCUAUGGCUGAAAGUUUAUCUGCAACAAUUAAUGGUCAAACAUCAUCGAAUAAUCAACCGAAUGAUAUAAACAAUUCCAAUCAAACAAAUAAAACUGAGUCCGACGAUGAAUUAUUAAGUGAUUUUAGCGAAGAUGAAGCUGCCGAUAUGGAUUUAGAAUAA